GAUUCCACUUGCCACCCCCACUGACGUCACUGGCUAAUGGCUCGGGACAGCUUCAUUCUCUUCUCGACUACUCGACUACUUCGCCAAGAUGACAACGAUGGCAAGUAACUAAAACAUGACAUGCCACAUCUCAGGAAGUGGUGGUGCUCCACUUUGUUGGAGAAUCUCCAUACUGAAGGACGGUUUGCUCAUUUCACGGAGGAGGGCAGAGAGAUGGCAAGAGGAACUCUACCACAUAUCUUCCGUAUCCCGAGGAAGCGCAAACUGUCCGAAAUGGAGGAGACAUAAUAUUUGUCUUUUCUUUAUUUCUAUAUUUUGUAUUGGUUGGUUUGAAGAGAAGGGCAGACAAUAACAUUUAUAAUAAUGGAUACCAAUUCCAGAAACAUAUCAUUUGAAUCGAAAUGAAAUCAUAUAUUGUUGGUUAUUAAGCACACAUAGGCCUAGGCCUAUAUACACCAUAAGAAAAUAAAAUGCAGAAUUCACAUUUAAGAAAGACUACUGGGGGAAGUUAAUUUCAAAAUCAACGUAAGUUGAGCCUGUUUUUUUUCACAUGUGAAUUGGGAUUCUCACUGUUGGCGACAACCUGAUUGAAAUCAAUACAAGAACGCAUUGAUCAAAAGAGCGCUUGUUGUAGACAAACUUCGGAAAACUGUAGUUCCACCGUAGAGACGCUAGAGGUCAGCAAUACUCCCCGUCGCGCAAUGACGUCCGUUAGGAAAAGUGGAGUCGAAUUCAUUUUUACACAGCGCUGUCUUUUCUAUGUUCGAAAGGAAGCACAUUUUUAACUCUCCUUGACCCGAUCACGUUCUCCACAAAGGUUAAGUAAAGGAGGCAUAAAGGUUAGGAGAUUUGACUAUUCGUAGAGGAAUUGGGCCACAGCUAGGAGUCUCACCGCGUCCGCCAUCUUGUCAUCACGUGACAGCACUUGGACGUUGGAUGUCCAUGUCCUACAGGCUGCAGCGAGACCUUGCUCGAAAAAACAGAGUACAGACUCUCAUGGGUAAAGUAGGUUUAGCGGAGGAGUGACACGCCCUUCCACCAAUCGGUUCAUCGUACAACAUUGUCACUUCUGGGUUCUAAGCCAAUGGUGUUCCUCUGUCAACAGUGCAAUCCAUCCUAAAGAGUGGUUGCCUUUAGCUUUGACUACGUGAUGUGCAACGCGUAUGCAACAAUGUUGUGCCAGUGUAUCUUUAACCCGUUGUUUUAUUCCGAAAUUUAACCCCUCGACCCGUCAGGACCUAGUCGCGCGGCCAACCCGAGCUCCUCUCAGAUGUGGACGCAGACAGGACCCGACGCGCGUCGUUGUCACUGUUGUUUUGAUGAGAAGGUGGUCGGGAGGUUAGGAUCGCGUUGUUUCACAGACGGGGUCCCCGUCCUCAUCAACUUUUCAAGAUGAGGCUCUUCUUUGCUCUUCUGAAACACAACAACCCCAGAAUAGAGUACUACUCCCGGUUCUCUCCAUCCCCGCUGUCCAUCAAACAGUUCCUUGACUUCGGCCAGGAGAAUGCGUGUGAAAAGACGUCGUACCUGUUCCUCCGUAAGGAGCUCCCAGUGCGUCUGGCCAACACCAUGAGAGAGGUCAACCUGCUGCCGGACCAGCUGCUCAGCCAGCCCUCGGUCCGGCUGGUCCAGAAGUGGUACAUGCAGAGCUUUGUAGAGCUGCUGGACUACGAGAACAGAAAAGGGGAGGACCCUCAAGUUCUGAAUGAUUUCCUGGACUUGUUGAUCGAGAUCCGUAAUCGCCAUAACGACGUGGUCCCGACCAUGGCCCAGGGGGUCAUUGAGUACAAGGAGAAGUUUGGCUUCGACCCGUUCAUCAGCAGCAGCAUCCAGUACUUCCUGGACCGCUUCUACACCAAUCGCAUCUCCUUCCGCAUGCUCAUCAACCAGCACACUUUGCUGUUUGGCAACGACACCAACCCCGCACAUCCCAAGCACAUCGGCAGCAUCGACCCCGCCUGCAACGUGGCCGAGGUGGUCGGAGAUGCCUACGAGACAGCCAAGAUGCUCUGUGAGAAGUACUACAUGGCUUCCCCUGACCUCAAGGUUGAAGAGUUUCACACUCAUGCUCCAAGGCCUAUCCAGGCUGUGUACGUGCCUUCCCACCUCUUCCACAUGCUGUUUGAGCUCUUCAAGAACUCCAUGCGAGCCACGGUAGAGCUUCACGAAGGCAGCGAGGGCGGUCUGCCGCCGGUGAAGGCCAAAGUGACUCUGGGAAAAGAGGACCUCUCUAUCCUGAUCAGUGAUCGAGGAGGCGGAGUUCCCCUACGGAAGAUCGACCGUCUGUUUAACUACAUGUACUCCACGGCCCCCUCGCCCAGCUUUGAACCAGGAGCUGUCCCCCUGGCCGGGUUCGGCUACGGCCUGCCCAUCUCGCGGCUCUACGCCCGCUACUUCCAGGGGGAUCUGAAGCUGUAUUCCAUGGAGGGGGUGGGCACCGACGCCGUCAUCUACCUGAAGGCCCUGUCCAGUGAGUCGUUUGAGCGCCUGCCUGUGUUCAACAAGUCGGCCUGGCGCCACUACAAGGUCGGCCCCGAGGCGGACGACUGGAGCAACCCCAGCACGGAGCCCCGGGACACCAGCGUGUCCAAGUACAAGGCCAAGAGAUGACUCCCCCC